CACAUUUCUGUCUUGACCCAGGCUCCCGUCGCUCCCCUCCUUCCUCCGGCUGAGCAGCGUGUGUUCCUCCUCGGAGGUGACGGAGACAGCCGGUCCUCCCCUGGUGCAGAGGGAGCGGAGCGGUCCGGUCGCAGCCUCGGACUCGGGUCGGGGAUGGCGUCACUCGGCGUGGGGCUGCAUCUCAUCCGCAAGCGGGGAGCGGGCAGGAGCGCCGCGGUGGAGAGGAGGAACCUGCUGACGGUGUGCAGGUUUUCGGUGAAGACUCUGCUGGACCGCUCCUGUUUUGAGACGAUAGAUGACUCAUCUCCAGAGUUCGUUAACUUCGUUUCCAUCCUGGAGCACAUCCUCAGUCAUCGACUCAAAGGUCAGACAACUUGGUUUGGCUAUGAGAGCCCUCGGAGUUUCUGGGAUUACAUAAAAACGGCCUGCAGUAAAGUCCCUCAUAACUGCAUCCGCAGCAUCGAGAGCAUGGAGAACGUGCGAUCAUCGCGAGCCAAAGGCAGGGCGUGGAUCAGAGUGGUCCUGAUGGAGAAAAGAUUAUCGGAGUACAUCUCAUCUGCACUGAGGGACUUCAAAAUGACCAGGAGGUUUUACGAAGACGGAGCGAUCAUGCUGGGAGAGGAGGCGGGGCUGCUGGCAGACACACUCAUCGGACUCAACACCAUCGACUUCAGCUUCUGUCUGAAAGGAGAGGGUGUGGACGGCAGCUGCCCCGCUGUGAUCGACUACACGCCUUACCUGAAGUUCACUCAGAGCGCGGACAGCAUCAGCAGCGACGAGGAGGAGAUGAGGACGAUGGGGAGCAGCGGCAGCGAGAGCAGCACCCCCGACAAAAUGGCCACCGCCGCCUCCAUCUUCACCGAGCAGAGCAACUUGGUCACCAAGUGCAAACGCUUUGAGCAGAAGUAUCGCAUGGCCCUGGAGCAGAAGGGUUACCUGGAAGAGCUGGUCCGUCUCCGAGAAGCCCAGCUGUCAGAGGCUGUAUCUCAUAACAAAGCCCUUCAGCAGAGCCUGGCAGACACACACCUCUCCCACUCCCUGGAGAAAGAACAGCUUGAGUACAUCGUACUGGAGCUGCAGGACCAACUGACGGUGUUGAAGAACAACGAUUUGCGGUCCAGACAAGAGUUGACAGCCCAUCUGACCAAUCAGUGGCCAUCUCCUGUCGCCUUGGACGCCAAUGCCGUUGCGUUGGACACGCUGCUGUACAGGAAGAGUGUGGGGGGACAGUGGGAGGAGAAGAGUUUCCAGAGUCUGGAGCAGCUCUCUGCAGACAUGAGCCUCUCCCAGACGUCUCUCGAACCAUCACACACACUGAGUCUGGAGGCCAGACCGGGGCCACACUGGCCCCACCAAGGUAAAGAGGAAACUCCGUCUCUAAGAGGUCUGUGUGGCUCUCUGACCUCAGUCGCCAGCUACAAAUCUCUGGCCAUCCUGAAGUCCAGCGAGUGUUUGGCCAGUCCAGCGACAGAGAUCAGCAGCCCAGGCGUCACUCCUUCAUAGGAACCAGACAAUCCAGGAACUUUCUAAAUGUGUGUGAUAUUGUUUAUGUUCCGUACGUGGAGCCCAGAGCUUUAAGAUGGAAGUCAGGUUCGGGAGUUGAGAAUCUGGCGUAGCAUGUGUUUUUGAAUCGGCUCCUUCAGGCUGAAUAAUGUCUUAUUUAUGUCCCAUUACAGUUCAAACGACCUCUGGCUCUUCACGAGGAAGCUCCAGCUGUAAACCCAUCAAUAUGUUUAAACUUGUUUUGUUGUUUGUUGGUUUGUUUGUUUUUAUCUGUGGAGCAUUAGUUUUUACCUUUCUUGGAAAUAAAAUGUUAGAAAGUUGAUGUAAGAAUUACUUUACAAUGUUGAGGAGACAGUGAUGAUGAGGUGUUUUCACCUCUCUACAACGUGUUUUUUCUGUAGAUCAGAACAGAGUUUAGGAGAUUACACAAAAUGCUGUGAGCCUCGGUCAGCGUUUAGUCUCUUUGUCACUGCAAAUCAUUUCCUGGUGUUGACGGGGUCUUUUAUUAUCUGCUGUGCUGUCACUGCUGCCACCGAAUUGUUUUUAAUAUAGCAAUUUCUUUGAUUUAUGGUGGUGACUUUGUCUCCACUUUUAUCAGAUUGUAUUCAAGAUUUUGCACACCGUCUCACAUUGAAGUGAAAAUGUCCUUGAAUCUCUUUUUUUUAAAUGUGGUGCAUAAAUCAAUAUCACAUGAUUUUGUUCUCAGGUAAUGAUCGCUAUUAUCGAUAUUCACCCUUCAGUUCUGGGUUUAUCAGACAGACAAUUAUUACUGUUAUUGUUCCCUUUAAAUAUUCAAAUGCAGUAUUUCAAUGGCUAAAUCUCUCCUGAAACUCUGACAAGUGAUCAGUGUUUCAACAGAUAUUGUGAGAAUGAGAAACAUUUAUUUGCAGAACAUCACUGUAAUGUAAUUUGUACUACUGGUGACCAGCCAUGUACCUCAACACUGAACUCAUGACUUUGCCUUUAGCUUGUUCCAGAAGCCAUUUGCACAGACAUACAGCUGAUUGGAUUUGUUUGCCUUUUUAUCCUUCAUUUUGAAUAAACUCCACUUGCUCAAA